AUGACGCUCAAAAAGGUCGCAUGGACAUGGCUUCUGGUCGCCAGCAAUUUUCUGGUCGUGGCCCAAGAUACAUUCGCCGAUGGGCUGUUUCCCAAUAAUAGUGAGGAAUACAAGGCGAGUGUGUUGGACAAUAUCCACUCUGUCUUUGGUUCGCCAUAUGGUGGUUUCAGCCGUGCCACCCGCAGUCGAUUGGCCGCCUUGCCAUUGCGGCUGCCGGAUAUUGCUGCGUUUGAGGGUGACAACAAUAAGAAGAAGACAAUGAACCAAGACGAUGUCUCGUACGUGGAGACCGGUGAUGGUCUGGGGAGAGGCUAUAUCUGCCGCGUCUAUCACGAAGAUUCACUGGAUGCGAACAGCUUGACAGAUAGUAUGUUUGAUGUGCCACUGUUCAAUGAUGUGAAUGACAAGGAGGAACAAGAGAAAAAGCAAAAAGAGGAGGACCUGGACGAGGAAGAUGAUAAUAUCUUGGAAGACAACAUUAUUCAUCCAGACUCCAUCACUCAUAGGCAGGAUGGAGGACUCAUGGAAACACAGCGUCGAUUGAAAAAGUUGGAAGGGGUCUGUUCCCAAAUUCAUCUGGGCUGGUGGAGCUAUGAAUGGUGCUACGACCAAACCAUUACACAAUUUCAUAUUCAUGUGGACAGUGCCAGUGCUGGCUUGGAGCUACGAGAUGUCACUAGUCUGGGCAAAUUCUCAGAACGCAAAUUUCAAAUGGCACACCAAUUUGGACUCUACACGGGAAAUGACGGCCUCUUUACACCCAACAACAAGUUAGCGGAAGAGGAACCCGAAUUGGCACGAGUCGUAGAUGUCUACUCCAAAGGAGAUGUUUGUGAUGCCACGGGAGAACCACGAAAAACAAAUGUCAAGUACUUUUGCUGUUCCGACCGUCUCAUGGAAAAGUACAAGGGACCUGUCCUCCGCAAUGGGAAUCCAUUGUCUUCCAAAAUUGUCUCCAUUGUCAACCUGCUGGAAGAUCCCGAACAAGUAUGCACCUAUACAAUUACCGUUUGCACUCCCUUGUUGUGUGAAGAUGUCAACAGUGAUGACGAUGAUGGCUUACUGUUUGACCUUGCUGCGGAAUCUGCGGCAAAACAACAACAGAAGCGGACCUUGUCAAAGAAGAAGAAAAAGAAAAAUGAAACCAUUCGGGACAUUUUGGAUCGAGUGGUGGGCAAAAUUUGUGUCCAAAGCAGCACUCCUGCGGGGUGGUGGUCGUAUGAAUACUGCCACAAGAAGCAUGUUCGGCAAUUCCAUGAGAGCAUUUCCAUCAACGUUGAAACUGGCAUGGCUUCCACUGGAACAGAGGAUAUUUACAUGCUGGGAUUUUACAACGAAGAUAAUGACUCAUAUCCUGACGAAGAUGAGUGGAAAUAUUUGGUCAACACGACAAUCUCACCCACUGGGAGUGGCAGUGGCGCUGUCAGUGGUGGGAGUGCUGGUGAUACUCAAAUAGUUUCGUAUCUCAAGGCGGAAUUCACGGGUGGUGACGUCUGUGACGACUCGGAUGUAACAGAUGCCGCCAUCAAGGCCGGAUCCGUCGGUAACGGUCGCAUCGAAAGAUCUUGCUCCAUCCAAUACUCUUGUGGAAGCGCCUUUGAUGUCAAAGUCAAUGAGGAUCACACCUGCCACUACAUUGUGGAAGUAUCCAUUCCAGAUCUCUGCCAUCACCCUCUAUUCAAAGCUCCUGUGGCCAAGAAACGGGUUGUCAAGUGUGUUCCAGUUGAUGGCUCGGGUGAAUGGGGUGACGACAAUGACACGUAUGAGCAGCCAUGA